CUUUUUUUGGCCUCGAUGGCGGCAACCCCAGCCUCCCUCCUAACGUCCUCCGCCUUUGGGACUAAGCGGGAAGCUCACGUUAGUGGCAGCCAAGGAGAGGGGUUGGCUGUGCCAGGACUAAAGAGGGAGGGGAGGGGAAAAAGCAAGUUUCGCCCACCCCACGUUCGGGCGGAGGGGCGGGAGCUGCGCGUCCAGGCCGGGCCAAGCAGUGUCUUGGGUUCUCUGCAUCUCUUCGGGAGCGGCGCGGGAAGGAUGCUGGUCCGCAGGGGCGCGCGCGCGGGGCGCGGGAUGCCGCGGGGCUGGGCCGCCCUCUGCUUGCUGAGUCUGCUGCCCCCUGGGUUCACAAAUACAAAUUUGACUGCUAUUGCCAUAGCAUCAUCUACCCCAGGAAUAUCUUCAACUGUCCCUACAACUACAUUUAACCAGGAAAGCACAAUAUCAAAUACUUUUGGAAACAUCAGCCUCUACAUUGUCUCUUAUGACAGCAAUGGAACCACAACAGCCAUCUCAGAGCCUACAAGCAAUUUCACAUCUACCUCUGGGAUCACCCCAGUCCCUGGAACCAUGAACUCUUCUGUCCAGUCACAGACCUCUUUAGCCACCACAGUGCCUUCUACCCCCAUCAGCUUUACAACUUCAGAGAAGAUCUUGCAGCCCAGCCUGUUGCCUACAAAUAUUUCAGAUUCCCCAUACAAUAGUACCAGCCCUGUGACAUCUCCCACUAACACCUAUCCAUCAUUUUCUUCUACCCAAAAUACCAUCAAGAGAGAAAUAAAAUGUUUAGGAGUCAAAGAAGUGAAAUUGACCCAAGGUAUCUGCCUGGAGCGAAAUGAGACCACCAGCUGUGAGGAGUUUGAGAAGGACCAUGGAAAGGAACUGACCCAAGUCCUAUGUGGGAAGGAGCAGGCUGGGCCCGAGAUGUGCCCCUUGCCCCUGGCACAGUCUGAGACUAACCCUCACUGCCUGUUGCUGGUCUUGGCCAACCAAACAGAAGUUUCCAGAAUGCUCCAACUUCUGGAAAAGCAUCAGUUUAACCUGACAAAGCUGGGCAUCCAAAACUUCUCUAAGCAAGACGUUGGGAGCCACCAGAGCUACUCCCGAAAGACCUUGAUUGUGCUGGUCACCUCAGGGUGUCUGCUGGCUGUCUUGGGCACCACGGGCUAUUUCCUGAUGAACCGCCGCAGUUGGAGUCCCACAGGAGAACGGCUGGGCGAAGACCCUUAUUACACGGAGAACUGUGGAGGCCAGGGCUAUAGCUCAGGCCCUGAGGCCUCCCCUGAGGCUCAGGGAAAGGCCAGUGUGAAUCAAGGGGCUCAGGAGAACGGCACCGGCCAGGCCACCUCCAGAAAAGGCGGUUCAGCGAGACAACACGUGGUGGCUGAUACUGAACUGUGACUCGGCUGGGUGGGGUGAGACUGGGCAAGGUCUGGGGAAGGAGCCCCUCCCUGCCUCUGAGCGUGUGCUGCCUCCCUGCUGGAGGAGCCAUCUCUUACCUUCAACCUUUUCCCACUGCACACACCCUAGGAGGCUGUUCCUGGGACCCUGCCCUUUACCAGGCUGAGGGGUUCUCUACAUCUUGGGAAGAGGCAGGUAGCUCCUGCCCUUUGCACAUUCAGCUCCCUGCACCCAGCCUCCGGGCUGCUCUGAGUAAAGGUGUGAUGGGGAAAGUCAAGGUUCAGAGAAACUCCUGGGGGGGCGGGAGGGGGGGCG